AACGAUCAUCAUGCCGAAGAAGGCAACAAAGCUAGAAAAGAAGGAGAAAAAGAAGAAGCGGAUGGCGAUCAUUCGACCAUGGUGCUGGUACUGUGAACGUGACUUUGAAGACGUCAAAGUUUUGAUGCAGCAUCAAAAGGCGAAGCACUUCAAAUGCAGCCAUUGUCCUCGUCGUUUGAAUACUGCUGGUGGUCUUGCGGUACAUAUUCAGCAAGUACACAAGCUUGAGCCUGACAGGAUUGAAAACGCGCUUCCUGGACGUGAUGGAUACGAUGUUGAAAUCUUCGGCAUGGAAGGCAUUCCUGCCCCAGAUCUCGCCGAUUACAAGCGUAGAAAGGAGGCUGAGUUUGGUCUUGCCCCCGGCUCAACUUCUGUACCGGCUGAGGCAAAACGCCCAAAGAUCGACAAACGGGUUCUCACCCAAACAGAGCUUGCCCAGAUGCUGGUUGCCCAUAAAGCCUUGAUGUCCGGUGGUGAUGUGCCCAUGACAUCCGGUGGUGCGUUGGCUGCUCCUGCCGCAGUCGGCGCGCCUGUUGCAUUUGGAGCACCCCCUAUGCCCUUUCCACCUGGUAUGCCACCUCCGGGAUUCCCCUUACCUCCAGGAAUGUCUGUUCCUCCUUUGUCUGGCGUAUUACCUGGCAUGCCGCCCUUCCCUCCUGUUCCUGGACCUCUCCCUGCUCCUGGCAUUAAUGGCGCUCCACCUGCUUCCUUCCUUCCUCCAGGCGUCAUACCACCUCCCAGCCUACUGCUUCCUGGGAUGACACCGAAUGGCCCUCCCAGUGCUUCACUCGGUCUACCACUGCCUCCAGCUCUUUCUGCGCCACCAUCAGGCAGUUUGCAGAUGUCUGGAAGUCUCCCCCCCCAGUCAUUGCUUCCUACAUCUACACCUACGUUUAGCCCUAUGCAGAAGGUGGAAUAUGCUCGGCAGCCCGAAAUCAAAGAUGGGGCAAAGCUUCUCUGGGCGGAUGCAAGCUUGUCUCCGGAGGAGAAUCGCGCAAAGGCUAUCAAGUACUCGCAACCCUUUGGAAAUGCUGCAUCAGAAGGAGACGACAUAGAUGGUCCGAGGGGGGUGAAGCGUGCUCGUGCCGAGGACUUCUUAUAG